UCGAGUGUUGCAUCCCACAUUAUGUCCAAAACGUUGAUGCCUCAUGCAAACCUGGUUCGCUCUUUGACUCUCCCGUCGACUUUACUGCGUUCUCGUAAAGGGUUCGACGAUGGAUAACAUGGGAAAUUUAUGCGUUGAACUCAUCCUAUAUUUGAUUCGUUGGCUCGACUCAAAAGAUCUCAAAAACAUUCGCUUAGUAAACAAGAACUUUAGUGAUACGACAGAACAUGCCUUUUGGAGCACUCAAACUGUCAGAAUCAUCAUGCGAGAGGAGUCUCUGGAACCAGGAAUCAGAAAAUUCGAGGAUUUCAGGAAUAAUAUUGUUUCUGCUGGAAAAAUACAGCGGCUGAAAAUCACUUCGUCAGUCAAGGACACGGAAGCAGCAGUAAGGUUACUGGAGGCGGGUCUACCUGAGGCGCUUUGUACGUUGCAAGGUCUUCGGGCCAUUCGUUGGAAAGUGACUUCGGAUGACUUGCCAUGGAUUCAAGGAGCAAUUCUCCAGUCUCUAGCUUCACUUCCUCUGGUAACCAAACUCUUCCUGUACACGAACCGGGAGGAAAAACAACUACCUCCGAUAUCCUUUGAUCUCUUUCGCAACGGAAAGCUGGAAGAGCUAUCAGUUUCAGCGCGGUUCGCUGAUCGAAAGCAUUAUAUAUCGUCAUUAUCCAAACUCCUCGUACAAAAUCCCAAUAUUGCUCUCUUACACCUCCACGCACAUAAUCAUGAAGACCAGAUACCUCUACGAUUUAAAGACCUCUUUUCUACAUCGUUUCCCCAGCCUCUGCAGUUGAAGUCACUCUCUGUACAUGGCUCGUGGCUUAUCGAAUUCCCUCACGUUAUCACUCACCUUCAGUCUCUAUCUUCACUCGAAAUAUUUGACUGUCAAAGGAAUAACGACUCGGAUUUUUGGGGAACCUUGCAGACUCAGAAGGUACAUAUCCGGCAUAUCAGCACUUCUAGGAUUCACGAUGAGUUGCUCGACUACCUUUCCUCCUUUUCCGGCCUCAAGACUUUGAGGAUAUCCGUUCCUUCCGUGUUAUUCCAUGAAACGGCUGGUCGUCUGGCUCAACGAUUGUAUGGUCAAGUUUUAUCAAAGCACAGGUCGACGCUCCGAAACGUUGUCAUUCACCCUUUCCUUACCUCACGAACGUGGUAUAUCGGAUCCUGGAACAUGAACGCCUUUGAUAACUGCUCACAGCUGAGAUCGCUUCGUGUCCGUAUCCACGAGGAAAAUAUUUUUGAGUCUUCAGAUCUGGAGACGCAUGUUGUGGCUGUUCUUGUUCGACGUGUUUCAGCGUUACCGGCAUUGCGCACCCUUCGCCUUGAGCCCCAGUAUUUGUUUCACAGCCAUGGUUACGCGAGAAGCAUGACCAGAAGCAGGGAAGGAACGGCUCUAGUAGAGAAUAUCUUGCAGAACAUGAAGCUAGCUUUGACUGAGUUACCGCGGAUGAAGGUGGUUCAUAUGAAGCCUUACGCUCACGCUGAACCUGCGCGCUACCUUCUUGAGAUGGUCCAUCUUGGUGAAGUGAGACUCAGAAGUGAAAAUCCCACGGAAUCAACUGGCUCUUCGCUCGCAAGUACCACGGAGGCCAGUACCGAUGUUGCUGUAUAGGCCGUAUCCUUAUACGAUGUGUACGACGCACAAGAUGAUGGUCAAUGACACUGCCUCCGAG